CGCGCGGCCGCGGCGAUGCCCGUGAGGCUCUGGCUGGCCCACGCAAAAGCGCCCGCGACGGCUGGGGCGAGGGCCCCACCGAUCCCGCCUCUCCCUCUCCUAGUUUAUUUUACUCGCCAACGCACACGGACCGAUGCGCUACCUCGAGCAAGCUUGCGUUGCCGCCCUCCCUCCCCGUCGUGCUCACGUGGGUUGGUCAACCCCCUCCCCGCGCCGCGAGCACCUUCACCUCCCUCCCGCCUACAUCCACAUGGCAGCGCCGUGGCCGUCGCGCGCGGCCUGCUAACAGCAGGCAAACAGCAACACCUCGCGGUCCCUCGGCUGCUGCGCACCGCGCCGCUCGCCAUGGCGCCACCGCUGCCGCUGCCGCUGCUGCGGUGGCUGCUCCUGGCGGCAGCGGUCGCCGCGACCGUGGCGCAGCCGCAGCCGCAGCCGCUGGCGUCGCGGACGGACCUGGCGGCGCUGUACAGCCUGCGCGCCUCGCUGGGGCUGCGCGCGCGGGACUGGCCGCUCAGGGCCGACCCGUGCGCGCGCUGGGCGGGCGUGGACUGCGCGGCGGGCCGCGUCGUGGGCGUCACCGUCGCGGGGCUCCGCCGCACGCGCCUGGGCGCCGCCCGGCCCCCGCUUCUCGCGCUCGACGGCCUGCGCCGCCUCACCGCGCUCGCCCGCUUCAACGCCUCCGGCUUCCCGCUCCCGGGGGAGAUCCCGCCGUGGCUCGCCGCCGGCCUGCCGCCGCCGCUCGCCGUGCUCGACCUCACCUCCGCCGCCGUCAACGGCACGCUGCCGCCCGACCUCGGCGCCUCCGGGAACCUCACGGCCCUGCUCCUGUCCGGGAACACGCUCACGGGCCCUGUCCCGCCCGCGCUGCUCUCCGCCGCGGGCCUCCGCGUCCUCGACCUCUCCCGCAACAAUCUCUCCGGACCGCUGCCCAACGUCUCCGUCUCCCUCGGCGCCGCCGGCGCCUCCGUGUUUAACGUCUCCGGGAAUUCUCUGUAUGGCGUCGCCGCCGACGCCAUUGGGGCGCUCAGGAGACGGUUUCAGGUCGUCGACGUGUCCAGCAACUACCUGGACGGAGCGUGGAACGGGUCCGACACAACAGUGCUUGCCACGACGAAUUGCUUCUACGGUGUACCGGCCCAGCGUAGCCGUGCGGACUGUGAGGAGUUUUACAGGAAGCAAGGCGUCAAGCUUGUUGAUCCUCCAGCGCCCUCGCCUGUGCCUUCGUCAGAGCCACCGCCUUCACCCUCACCAGAGAAGAAGAAGAAGAAGAAGCACGGGAUCUCCAAAAAACUACUCAUUGGAGUCCUUGUAGCCGCCGGAACACUGGUUGCUGUGUUUUUUAUCGCACUGCUGUUCUGUUUAGUGAAGAGGAGAAGCAGAGGAAGGAGGGGAGGGAGAGGGAGGGGAGUGGCGCCAAACGAGGAAGGCACGCGCUCUGUCUCCGUGCGGAGGAGGGACAGCAGCGUCAAUCCGGUGGUGUUAUCGCCAUCGGCGGUGUCUCCAAGUGCCAACGAUGGACCUAAGGAUGCGUCUGCCGUUAUCGGUGAGAUCACCUACGAGCAGCUGGUCCUUGCCACCGGCGGUUUUGGCGACGACCAGCUCAUCAAACACGGGCAUUCGGGGGACAUGUACCAUGGUGUGUUGGAGAAUGGCUCCCAUGUCAUUGUUAAGAAGGUUGGCGCAAAGGGCGCCAACAGACAUGCGAGUGAAUUGGAUUUCUACGUGAGGUACUCGCACGAAAGGAUCGUUCCGCUGCUCGCGCAUUUGAGCAAUGACGAUGACGAAUUCAUGGCUUACAAGUAUAUGCCGAAGGGGGAUUUAACCCAUGCGUUGCACAAGAAACCUGUAGACACCGCAGAUGGCUUGCCCUCCCUGGAUUGGAUAACUAGACUGAAGAUUGCAACUGGCGUGGCUGAGGCUAUGUGCUUCCUUCAUGAGGAAUGUAGCCCGCCAUUAGUUCACAGAGAUAUCCAAUCAAGCAGUGUCCUUCUCGAUGAUAAAUACGAAGUGCGACUUGGGAGUAUGAGUGACAUAUGCAUCCAGCAAAGUGGGGGAAGCCAGAAUGUCUUCACUCGGAUAUUGAGAUCAUCAAAUUGGUGACUGACGUUGGUAUCUGACGCUUUCUUGUGGCAGGUCUCUCGACAAGCACACAUCAGGUCCACCGGCCACUUGUUCCUACGACGUGCUCUGCUUCGGCAAGGUGCUGCUAGAGCUGGUGACCGGCAACUUGGGCAUCAGCGGACCAAACGACGCGGCGUCGGAAGAAUGGCUGUCGAACACGCUGAACCACAUCAACGGCGGCGACAGGGCGAGCAUCGCCGGCAUCAUGGACCCGCUGCUCCUGGUGGACGAGGACCACCUGGAGGAGGUGUGGGCGGUGGCCGUCAUCGCCAAGACGUGCCUAAGCGCCAAGCCGUCCCGCCGUCCCUCGGCGCGCUACGUGCUGCGCGCCCUGGAGAACCCGCUGCGCGUGGUGCGCCAGGGCUCCUCCCGGUCCAACUCGGCGCGGCAGCAGCUGCGGAGCUCGUCGUCCCGGAGCUCGUGGCAGUCCGUGUUCCAGGGGAACCACCGGGUGCAGAGCCUGGACGCCGCAGCGACGGCGGCGUUGGCGCUGGACCGGCGGCACUCGCUGAGGUCGCACGGUAGCGGAGGCGAGGCGUCGUUCUCGUUCAAGAGAGCCUUGCCCGUGCCCACGGACACCGCGCCGGAGCCGGCUGCGGCGCUCGACGAGGACGCCGUUAUUGUCUAGUGUAGGAGGCGGACAUUCCCCGGUUCUUAGCUUCUUUACAGGGCGGUGUUCUUGAUUCUUUUCCCCUGCGUGAUAUCACGUCGUCGCAUGUGUGUGUAUAAUUUGUUCCUGUCUGAUGCGUUCAUCCGUGUUCCAACAUGACCAAAAAAAACUGUGCAUAAAGAGUACGUUUUCAAUACUUUCAAGGAAAAUUUGAACUUUA